AGCAGAAAAUUACACGACGAUAGAAACUGAGAAAUGUUUGACAGUUUGUGUUCCACUGAAUCGUCUGAAACAAUCAAUAAAUUCAUUGUGAAGUAUUUUGUAGGUGAUAUUCUAGUCAGUAAAGAGGAACAUCAACAGUUCUUGACAGGUGUUCAGUGGACUGUUCAGAUGAUGUCAUGGACUCCACAAAGGAUCUCAGUGGACAGACAGACACAGGGAAGGUCAAGAGGAUACACAAACCCUGCCGAAGUGCUGCGGGGAAUCAUGAUGAUGAGGCCCAUUCAUCAGCGAAGCGUCAAUCGGUGAGACGGUGUGAUGUUCACGAGGACACUGUAGGGGAGCAGAAAGUUUUACGGCGAAAAGUCCUUCAGCUGGCUUGUGCAUAUGAACAGCAAUGUGUCAUUCAUGGAGAAUCUCCUGAAUCCAGCUGUGUGUCCAUGAAGAGUGACCGGUCAAUGGAUCAUCCACCUAAAUUCAGUUCAGGAGCCCCUUGUGCUGAUGUGAGUGUCAUUCAUGGAGAAUCUCCUGAAUCCAGCUGUGUGUCCAUGAAGAGUGACCGGUCAAUGGAUCCUCCACCUGAAUUCAGUUCAGGAGCCCCUUGUGCUGAUGUGAGUGUCAUUCAUGGAGAAUCUCCUGAACCCAGCUGUGUGUCCAUGAAGAGUGACGGGUCAAUGGAUCGUCCACUUCACUUCAGUUCAGGAGAGUCUUUGAUCAACUACAGAAACAAACAGGAUGAAUCAGAGUCAACUGCUGGGAAAGUGCCAUUGGACUCCAUUUUUGUGGAACUUGAGCACAAAAUCAUCUCUCUGAUGAAGAAAGAGCUGAAGAGUUUCAAGAGACUACUGAUCUCAGAUUCCCCAGCAUGCUCUGAGAGAGAGGAGGAGGAUGAUGAAGGUCAGAGCAGAGUCAGAGAGGGGUUUCUGAAGAUCACACUGCACGUCCUGAAGAAGAUGAAGCUGACAGACCUCGCUAACACACUUCAAACCAAACUGAUUUCUGUGCAUCAACAAAAACUCAAAACAAAACUAAAAGAGAAAUUCCAGAGAAUUACUGAAGGAAUGUCAAAUCAAAGCAGCUCAACACUUGUGAAUGAGAUCUACACAGAGCUGUACAUCACAGAGGGAGGGAGUGCAGAGAUCAAUAAUGAACAUGAGGUGAGACAGAUUGAGACAGCAUCCAGGAGAGCAGAGACACAGGAAACACCAAUCAAAUGCAAUGACAUCUUUAAAGCCUUACCUGGACAAGACAAAGCCAUCAGAACUGUGCUGACUAAAGGAGUUGCUGGAAUUGGGAAAACUGUCUCUGUGCAGAAGUUCAUUGUGGACUGGACUGAAGGAAAAGCAAAUCAGGAUGUUCACUUCAUAUUUCCACUUCCUUUCAGAGAGCUCAAUCUGAUGAAGCACAAAAAUAUCAGUUUGAUGGAUCUUCUUCAUCAGUUUUUCACAGAUACAAAAGAACUGAGAUCAACAUUCCUUGAUGACUACAAAGUCAUUUUCAUUUUUGAUGGUCUGGAUGAGUGUCGACUUCCUCUAGAUUUCCAGAACAAUGAUAUUUUGUGGGAUGUGACAGAAUCGGCCUCAGUGGAUGUGCUGCUGACCAACCUCAUCAAGGGGAAUCUGCUUCCUUCUGCUCUGCUCUGGAUCACCUCUCGACCAGCAGCAGCCAAUCAGAUUCCUCCUGAGUGUGUUGACCAGCUCACAGAUGUACGAGGCUUCAAUGACCCUCAGAAGGACGAGUAUUUCAGGAAGAGAAUAAAAGAUGAGCGUCUGGCCAACAGAAUCAUCACACACAUGAAAUCAUCAAGAAGCCUGUACAUCAUGUGUCACAUACCAGUCUUCUGUUGGAUUUCAGCCACUGUUCUCCAGAGACUGUUGAGUGAAGCAGAGAGUGCAGAGAUCCCCAAGACUCUCACUCAAAUGUUCACACACUUCCUGAUCUUUCAGAGCAAACUGAAGAGCCAGAAGUAUGAUGGGAAAUGUGAGGUGGAUCUUCAGCAGGCUAGAAAGAGGAUUCUGUCUCUGGGAAAACUGGCUUUUCAACAGCUGGAAAAAGGGAACCUGAUCUUCUAUGAGGAGGACCUGAGAGAGUGUGGCAUUGAUGUCAGAGAAGCGUCAGUGUACUCGGGAGUUUGUACCCAAAUCUUCAGAGAGGAGUUUGGACUGCAGCUGGGGAAGGUGUUCAGCUUUGUGCAUCUGAGCAUUCAGGAGUUUCUCGCUGCUCUGUAUGCUUUUAUUUCCUUUUAUCAACAGAAAUCAGGUCUCUUCAAUAAGUUUAAGUCAUCUAUGAGUGAUCUCCUGAAGAGUGAAGUGGACAAGGCCUUACAGAGUGAGAACGGACACCUGGACCUUUUCAUUCGAUUCCUUCUGGGUCUCUCACUGAAGUCCAAUCAGACAAUCUUACGAGAUCUACUGAGACAGACAGGAAGCAGCUCUGACAGCAAACAGGAAAUAGUUGAGUACAUUAAGAUGAAGAUCAGGGAGAAUCCCUCUCCAGAGAAAUCCAUCAAUCUGUUCCACUGUCUGAAUGAACUCAAUGAUCAUUCUCUAGUGCAGGAAGUACAAACAUACGUGAACAGAAGAGAUAUCAAUCGUCUCUCUGGAGUCAGUCUCUCUCCUGCUCAGUGGUCAGCUCUGGUGUUUGUGUUGCUGAACUCAGAAGAGGAGCUGGAUCAGUUUAAUCUGAGGAAAUAUGAUCCAUCACAUGAAUGUCUUCUGAGACUGCUGCCGGUGAUCAAAGCAUCCAGAAAAGCUGAUCUGAUGGGCUGCAAUCUGACAGAGAAAAGUUGUUCAGCACUGGCCUCAGUUCUAAGCUCAAACUCCUCAGGUCUGAGAGAGCUGGAUCUGAGUAGCAAUGACCUGCAGGAUUCAGGAGUGAAGCUGCUCUCUGAUGCACUGAAGAGUCCUCACUGUACACUAGAAAUACUGAGAUCUGCAGCUUGUAGAUUCACUGGUCAGUGCUGUGAAAAUUUGUCUUCAGUUCUACAUUCAUCAAAAUCCCUGAGAGAGCUAGACCUGAGUAACAAUGACCUGCAGGAUUCAGGAGUGAAGCUGCUCUCUGAUGCACUGAGGAAUCCUCAAUGUACACUGGAAAUACUGAGAUUUGCAGCUUGUAGAUUCACUGAUCAGUGCUGUGAAAGUUUGUCUUCAGUUCUACAAUCAUCAAAAUCCCUGAGAGAGCUGGACCUGAGUAACAAUGACCUGCAGGAUUCAGGAGUGAAGCUGCUCUCUGAUGCACUGAAGAGUCCUCACUGUACACUGGAAAUACUGAGCAUAGUCUCUAUGGGACUGACAGGAAGAACGAAAGACUCGGACCCGGCCGAACCCAAACCCGAAGACUCGAGAGUCGAGACUUGAACUAAUCAUUUAUCUUUCCGGAUCCGGACCGGUAUGCUGCAUGUGCAUGCAGUCAGUGAGUGCAUUGGCUGCUGUGUCACACCACACGGCCCACACACAGACACUGACGAGUCGACAUCGACAACUAAGUAUUUUUAACG